GCCUUCCAGAUUCCUACAGCGGUCACCUACAGUCUGUAACACAGAGAGAGAAGACUGCUCAACAACCUCACAAGUGUUUGUGGAGAUAGAAGAGAAGACACAGUGAUGAGGAUCAGCCUGGCCAACCUGAUAACAUGUUUUCUGCUGAUUCAGUCAAUGUGUGCAAACAACAGCAUACAACAGGCUGAAGGCUCACUUACACCCACUGCCAUCACCACUGGUUCCUCAGCGACCACUAACCCUAAUCCUAAUCCUGAUGAAUCAGAUGCCACCACUCUUACUACCCCUGCUGAAACAUCUCCAACCACAACCACCACCACUCCACCGGCCAGCACCACUGAAACAACUCCGUCCACCACCACCGCUGGAUUAGGCACCACUACAGGUACCACCAAUAACACUGCUGACAACACUGGAACGCCCGCUGCCGCCCCCACCAGCUUAGACACCACCCCUCCCCCGGCCAGCACCACUGAAACAACUCCGUCCACCACCACCGCUGGAUUAGGCACCACUACAGGUACCACCAAUCCCACUGCUGACAACACUGGAACACCGGCUGACACCACCACCAGCUUAGACCCCCCCCCCCCCCCGGCCAGCACCACUGAAACAACUCCGUCCACCACCACCGCUGGAUUAGGCACCACUACAGGUACCACCAAUACCACUGCUGACAACACUGGAACACCUGCUGACACCACCACCAGCUUAGACACCACCCCUCCACCGUCCAGCACCACAGGAUCACCUCCAUCCACCACCACCUCUCCACCUGCUGACACCACAGGAUCACCUCCAUCCACCACCACCCCUCCACCGUCCAGCACCACAGGAUCACCUCCAUCCACCACCACCUCUCCACCCGCUGACACCACAGGAUCACCUCCAUCCACCACCACCCCUCCACCGUCCAGCACCACAGGAUCACCUCCAUCCACCACCACCUCUCCACCCGCUGACACCACAGGAUCACCUCCAUCCACCACCACCUCUCCACCUGCUGACACCACAGGAUCACCUCCAUCCACCACCACCUCUCCACCUUCUGAGACCACUGGAACAACUACCACCCCUCCUGGUACCUCAGCCAACACCAUCACAUCCUCCAGCUCUCUCCCAAGCUCAACCUCAGCUACAACCCAGACCAUCACACUGGAACCAGCAACUGGAGACAAGUCCAACGCCCUGAGCUCAGGAAGUGUCACUGCCGUAGUUUGUGUCUUUAUUGUCAUCGCUCUGCUAAUGUUGGGUGGAAUCUAUUACUUCAAGAUCAGGUACAUCCACUGCUCCAACACAGAGUACAGCAGCUUUCACACUGAGAGGCUGUGGGUCAGGUGUUCCAUCAUAAAAACCUCCUACGGUCCUCUGCUGGAGAGCGACUACGGUACAGUGGGACACUUCAGUAACCCCAUGUAUGACCCCUGAAGCCUUUGACUCUUGACCUCGGACUCUGUGAGUUGGCUUUAGGCUACGGUCUGAUGAUCAGCCACUGAUCCUGACUUAAUUCUGACUCCAUCUGAACCGGACUUUACAGUUCUGAUUCUUACAUAUGUCUGACUUGUAUUUGUGUAUGUGAACCAUGUAUUACUAUGGACCUGCAGUGGUAAAACAUGGUUCAUACCACAGGUCAGUCAUGUGUUAUUGUGUUAUAUUUGGUUAAAUAUUUGGUAGUGCUCUGGGUAAAAGCAGGAAGUUUGUCAAAAAGUGAAUCUUUCAGAGGAAACUAUGGCUCAUGGUUCAUCUGAGAGGAUGACAAAUAUUUCUGCAGCAAUAAGCGGAAAAAAAAGAAGGAGUUGAAAAUACGAGUGUUUCUCCAUAUUUAUGCCUUCCUGUUGAUGCAGGUUGAUGACCUCAUCACCGAGCGCAAAGAGCAAGAAGCUGCUUGGCUGGUUGUGAUGUAAGAGCCAGAACUGAUUUGACUUCUGUUCUCACACUGACUUAACCUGAACCUGUUCUAGAAUUAGGACAAACUGUCAGAUUAUUUUUGUUGCCAGAUUUUACCCACAAUUCCCUGUUGUUCAGCUAUAGUCUGCUGUAGUUGGAAAGUCAUCAUGGUCCUUUGGUCCAAACCAGUGUUAGUGAGUGAACUGUUAACAGACAAUGAAUAAGAGAUGCUGGUCGACAGGAAGUAGGGUCAGAAGACAACAGAGUCAGAGAUCAGGGUUUGAUGUCCUCAGUUACUGUCCACUCCUGUAGUGUGUGAUCUCCAGUCUUUUGAUGGUCAAACAAAACCCUGCAGAAACCAGUCCAUUGGUCUGGACACCAGGGCCUGAUUAACCUGUGGACAGACUGGGACAGUGGUGGACAGUGUGUCUUUAGCUUUGGUUUAGUGUGAACAGAGGGAGCUUCAGUGUCGUCAGCCUGCAGAGGAAGCCACUCAGAUCAGGUUGGUUGUCUUUGUCAGUCUAGGUGAUUAGUCAUGAAACUGUUUAUAACAGGUGAACACAGGAAGUGAGAUCAUUUAUUUUUCUAAAUGAAAGUUAAACAA